UUGUUAUAGAAGCCUGGUUUGUUGUGUGAAGAUUUUCUUAUCUGGGAUCUCUCUUUUCUUUCUUCAAAUUUUACAAAAAAAGAAUAUAGUACUACAACACAACCUUUGAAGUCUCAUAGAACUUCUGUCCGUCUUUCUCUCUCUUCUUCUUGAUUUUCCCCUCUCUCUAAAAAAAAACCUUUUUUUUUUCUUUCUUUCUGAGAAUUUGUGGCCCCAGCAGAUUGAAAUCUCCAAUCUUUUUUCAGUUUUAUGAGUAUCUGAGCUUCUUCAAUGGUGUUAUCAAACUACCCUUUUUGUUCUUUCCAUCUAAUUCUUUCUUAAUAAUUAUACUAUUUAUUACUUUGUCCACUUUUGUUCCUCUGCUGCUUCUUUUUUGGGGUAACUCAAUUCUUAAUGAUUCUUGAAUUUGUUGAAUUGCUGCAAGUGUUGUUCAUUGUUCAAUCCAUGAAAAAGGGUGUCGAGAACAAGUGUUUACAAGAUGUGGGGUUGAGGUCUAUUUGGAAUUGUUUUACUUGGUAGAAACACAUUUAUCUUUCGAUGCUGACUACACGCUCCAAUAUGUAACAAUCAUCGCAUGUUAAACUCGACGCAAGAGAAGUACAUUAACUAAUCAAUCAAGAGUUUUUCCCCAUAUUGCUGAUGAGAAUCGUGCAGAGUGCGUGCAAGUAUUGGGUUUCUCUGGUGCAAUUUGUCCUAUGAAAAUCAUGAUGGGUAUAACCCAUGGGACCGUCAAUGAAGAUAUCCACUAGUUGGCAAAAAUAAUUCGUCUUUCAAGGCAAGUUAGGAGUUCUCUCAAAUUAGAGAAUCUCUAAUUCUCAUAGUUACCCCUACACUGACAUACAAGUCUCAACGCAUAACUAAAAGACUCUUGAGGAACACCGGCCUUUACGAAUGGGAACACAAGUGCACUUUAUGAGGGACCUUAAUGAGGAUGCUAACAGCAGCAGUUGGCCCCUAUUUUAUGGAGAACCAAAUGGGCAAUAUUGUAAUGGUUUCGCGCCGAGGACUAUAACUGAUGCAUAUCCAGGAUAUGACAAGGACAUUCUAAAGCAGAAAAUGCUUGAACACGAGGCCAUAUUCAGGAAUCAGGUGGUGGAACUUCAUCGCCUUUACAGAAUUCAAAGGGACAUGAUGGACGAACUUAGAAGGAAGGAAAUGCAUAAACUUCGCUCAUCAAUGGAGCCAUCAUGUUCAUCCAGUCACCUAGGAUCUCAAGUACCAUCUGAGGAUGUACGGAAAUGGCACUUCACAAACUUUCCCUUGGAAAAUUUUAGUUAUACUAGACCAUCUACAUCUGGUACUGAAAUUGUUAAUUCUCCCUUUAGUUCUUCAAAAGGGGAUGGUGUAGUACAGCCUGGUCGAGUUCAAAUGCAAAAUGGUUAUUCUUCAAAAGCCUCUGAUGUUUUGGAGGCUAGGCCCUCAAAGGUAAGAAAAAAGUUGUUUGAUCUUCAACUUCCAGCCGAUGGUUACAUAGAUACAGAAGAAGGUGGGCAGUUGCGAGAUAAUGCAGGAUCUUUACAUCCCAGUUAUCCUGCUAAUGGAAAUUAUGUAGUUCUUCAAGAGAGUGGAACAAAAUUGUUUCUUGGUGGUGGUGCAAAGGGUGAUAACCGAAAAGAUGCUUCGACAUCCAAUUCGUGUUUGAGAAGCUCAAUUGGGUUGGCUGACCUAAAUGAACCAGCGCAGCUUGAUGAAGCAACCGAUCCUGUUAAUUUUCUGGGUUAUGGUAGUAAUAAUCAUAAAGAGACUAGAAGCAUAAAUGCUUCUGCAAAAUCAAAUCCGUCGUUUGUAGCUUUGCCUAGGAAUUCCAAUUGUGCAGGCCCAAAUGAGUCUUUAAGUAACCUUCACGAUUGUAGUAGAGGCACAGAGAGGGAGUGGUUGGCUUCAGCAUAUUUAUAUGAAACAGGUAACAUCAAAGGUAGCUCAGCUUCAUUACCAAGUGGUCUUGAUGAAGCCAAGAUACCUGCAGCUUCCCAUCAAGCACCGGUAAUGAUUAACAAAGCCUAUCAAGCUCCGGGAGCUCAUCUAGUUCACCAUAUUAAUAAGAAUGGCAUUUGGAAAGAUAGAACGGGACAUAGUUUAGAUAUGUCUCACAGAAAUGGUGAGCAGUCUAACUAUACUCAAGUGGGACCAUUUGUUACUUCCAAGAUGGCUAGUCCAUAUCCAUGUGCAAGUUCCUCUGGAUUCAGCAGUUCGUGGUCACACUCUGUCUCUUCUUGGGAGAAGCCAAAUGGUAGCUUUACUCAGAGGUUAUCCUCGUUGCGUACGAGCUCAUUCUUCAACUCAUCUGCAGCAGUUGGUAAGGGUUCACAGUCAUCUCAGAGCCAAAUUGGAGACUAUUGGCACACUAAUGGUGGCAGUUCUAGGUUGCAUCCAGGUUGUGCCGGUGAGUUACCCAUCCGGAGUGGUUUCUACCAUGGGUCCUCAUCUGGGACAAAAGAAUCACCAAUUCAUAUCCCUUCAGCUCCUUUUGACUCUUUGAGCUACAUUAAGGGGGACCGUUUUACAUCUGAACGUUCCUCUAAUAAUGCUUGGGAGAAUUUUGUCAUUAGCUCUAACAAUACGGAUGUGAAAUCUGCUAAAGGCUUCAACUUAAAUGUGCUAGCAACGAGUGCACUCAGCGAGGAACCUCCCAGGCGAGAUGUUGAGUUUGGUAAUGAAAAAAGAGAGCGUCGAGACCCUGUGACAGUGUUGCCGUGGCUUAAAGCUAAAGCAAAUGGUAAAAAUGAGGACGUCAACACUAGGAUAGAUGGAACUUCAGCAAAUUCUGGCUUUGUCCAGGCUUACUCAAACCCUCCUUUUUGCCAGAGUGAUCCAUCAGCUUUGGAACAUCACCAUAUGAAGACCACAAAAGAAGUGGGCGAGACGCGACAUGUAAGAAAAAUUCUUGGUGUUCCAAUCCUCGAUAUUCCCGUUGCUUCCAGAAAUGAGUCGUCAUUGUCACUUGUUUCCGCCUCUGCUAAUCUUCAUUCGUCUCCUGAGAGAAAGACUAUCAGACAUGAGAGGAGUAUGGUGAUCGACAUUAAUGUGGCUUGUGAUAUGGUUGAGCCCGAGGAACCUGAUGCUGCAGAACAUAUCGUUACUGAGAAAGUGAUGGAGACAAAAACUAUCAACAUCAGGAAUCACUUUGAUUUGAAUUCAUGUAUUACUGAGGAUGAAGAACCAGUUUCUUCUGAAACUGAUAAGGCCAAUGUGAAGACUAUUCUGGAUAUAGAUCUGGAAGCCCCUGUAGUUAUGGACAUUGAACAAGAUAAUUUGCCUGGAGAAGAUGAUGACCAGCAACGUGAGGCAUCCUCGCAGCGCACACAGGAGGAAUUUCUCAGGACUGCAGCAGAAGCAAUAGUUGCCAUCUCAUCAUCCACUCAUUGCACAGCAAUAGGGGAAACACACAGUGAUCUGUCUGAUGAUCCUCUGGAAUCUCUACGAUGGUUUGUUGAUGUGGUCUCUUCUUGUGCAGCCAAGCUUGAUAGUACUCCGUCUGGUAAAGAAAUUACAGGCAAGAACAACAAGAUGAUGGUUGCUUUUAAGGAAAUAGAUUACUUUGAAGCAAUGACAUUGCAACUAACAGAGACCAAGGAGGAAGAUUACAUGCCCAAGCCUUUUGUUCCUGAAGUCCAAACAGUGGAAGAUGCAGGGGGCAGUUCACUAACAAACCGACCCCGAAGAGGGAAUGCAAGGAGGGGAAGACAACGGAGGGACUUCCAAAGGGAUAUCCUUCCUGGUCUAGCUUCAUUGUCAAGGCAUGAGGUUACCGAAGACAUUCAGAUAUUCGGAGGGUUGAUGAGAGCAACAGGCCAUACUUGGAACUCCAGUUUGACAAGAAGGAAUGGGACAAGAAAUGGAGGUACUAGGGGAAGGCGGAAAAAAGUUGUGGACACCAGUACCCCUGCCCCGGUGUUGACCACAACAACGACGAGCUCUCCACUAAUGCACCAACUUAAUAACAUUGAAGUCAGUUUGGAAGAUACUAAAAGCCUAACAGGCUGGGGAAAGACACCUAGACGCCCUCGGAGACAAAGAUGCCCUGCAGGCAAUCCAGCGAGGCUGUAAUUUCAUCCAUUCAUCAUUUAUAGAGAUGAGAUUAACCGAUUAACGAGUUUAGGGAGCUUUGUUAAUGAAUUUCAGGAGCGAAUUUUUUAGCUACAUGGGGAUUGUCAAUGUACAUGUCUUUGUUCUUACUCCAUAAUUUGGAGCCCCCAUUAUUUUGCUUCUUCCAUUGGAUUUACUGACCUUAUAUUCAGCAAGAUGCUGCAUAAUGUCUUGUGCUAUUAGCAUUCAUUUAUGCUAUUCAGUGGUGAUGUUGGGUUUCACUCUGCAGAUUUUCGCUAAGGUAAUUCUUACUUAGGUCGAGGGUCUAUUGAAAACAACUCGUUUACCUUCAUAAGGUAAGGCUGCAUAUACACUAUCCUCUCUAAAUUCCACUUGCAGAACUGCACAGGGUAUGUCGUAGUUGUAUUCAUGAUAAGUGGAAAUUCAAUAAUAACCAGAUAAUAUUUGUAGAGGCUAAAACAAUUGU